AUGGUUCAAGUAUUGUUUUGUAUUGCUGAUGGUUCUGAAGAAAUGGAAUCAGUCACAGUGAUUGAUGUUCUUAGAAGAGCAAAAUUCAAUGUAUUAGUAGCCAAAGUUUCAAAUGAUUCACAUGAUCAUUCACUCAAAGUUCUCGGAUCAAGAAAUGUCAAAUUGGAAGCUGAUGUUCAUUUUGAUCAAAGUGUUGCUGAUAAAGAGUUUGAUGCUAUUGUUUUACCUGGAGGAAUGAAAGGAGCAGAGACAUUUGCUGCCAAUGAAUUAUUGUUGCAUAGAUUGGUUAAACAGAGACAUUCUGAUAAGAUUUGUGCUGCUAUUUGUGCUAGUCCAGCUUUGGUUUUCUCAAAACAUAAGAUUUUGGCUGGUAUUUCUAAGGUUACUUGUUAUCCUUCACUUAAAGAUAAACUUACCAACUCUCAUGAAUUUGUGGAUGAAAAGGUUGUUGUGGAGAAGAAUGUUGUAACAUCACAAGGUCCUUUUACUGCAAUUCACUUUGGUGUUAAAUUGAUUGAAGUUUUGGAUAGUAAGCAUGCUAGUGAAGAAGUUGCCAAAGGAUUACUUUUACAUUAA